AUGUCUCAGACUACAAAGAGCACCGCUCAGGAAAAAGGCACUGCACCCACUGGUACUGCCCCUCCUCCUGGCUCCAAGAGCUUGAAGACCAGAGAACCUGGAGUGGGCAACUUCAAGAUCUACGUCUAUGAGCAGGAGAAUUUCCAGGGCAGAUUCAUGGAAUUUUCCACCGAGUGCAUGAACCUGUGCGAUCACAACUUCGAUAGAGUGGGCAGCGUCCGUGUGGAGUGUGGACCCUGGGUUGCCUUUGAGCAAUCUAAUUUACGUGGAGAGAUGUUCGUCCUGGAGAAAGGAGAGUAUCCACGCUGGGAUUCCUGGUCCAACAGCUACAGGAGUGAUCGCUUCAUGUCCUUCCGACCAGUCUGCAUGGAUGACCAGGAGCACAAAAUCUGCUUGUUUGAACUUGCGGAAUUCCAGGGAAAUAAGAUGGAGAUCACUGAGGAUGAUGUCCCUAGCCUGUGGGCGUAUGGAUUCUGUGACCGUGUGGGCAGUGUGAGGGUUCCCAGUGGCACCUGGGUUGGUUAUCAAUACCCUGGAUACAGAGGAUACCAGUACUUGUUUGAGAUAGGAGAUUACAGGCACUGGAAUGAUUGGUGUGCCCAGCAGCCCCAGAUGCAGUCCAUCCGCCGCCUGAGAGAUGUACAGUGGCAUCAGAAAGGCUCCUUCCAGCUCUCCAUCCCCAAGUGAAGAAACGCUCAGA